CUGGCUGCUCAAUUGAGCCUCAGUUGGUUCCAUCUGUGCUGUCGACCGGUCGCAUCAUGUGUCCCAUUUGUGCCCUGCUGCUGCUGCUGGCCGCGCUGGUGGCCUUGGUCUACAUAUUCCUGACCUGGAACUUUAGCUACUGGAAGAAGCGUGGCAUUAAGUCGGCCAAGGCAUGGCCCUUUGUGGGCAGCUUUCCCAGCGUCUUCACCCAAAAGCGGAACAUGGCCUACGACAUUGAUGAUAUCUAUCGGCAGUACAAGGACACGGAUAGGGUUGUGGGUGUGUUCAACACACGAGUCCCACAGCUAAUGAUUCUGUGUCCGGAAUAUGCACACAAGAUUUUUGUGGGCGAGUUCCGUAGUUUUCACGACAACGAAUUUGGAAAGUUUGCAAACAAAAAGGUGGACCAGAUCUUGGCCAACAAUCCAUUUGUACUAAUGGGAGAGGAGUGGAAGGAGAGGCGUGCGGAGAUAACACCCGGACUAUCAGCCAAUCGGGUCAAGGCCGUCUAUCCAGUGUCGCAGAGCGUGUGCAAGGCCUUUGUGGAUUACAUCAAACGACAGCAGCGCAUGGCCACCGCCGAUGGCAACAAUGCCAAGGAUCUCUGCCUGUGCUACACCACCGAGGUGGUAUCCGACUGCGUGCUGGGCAUCUCCGCCCAGAGUUUCACGGACACCCCCACGCCGCUGGUGGGCAUGAUUAAGCGCGUGUUCGAGCAGUCCUUUGGCUUCAUCUUCUACACCAUGGCCGCGAACCUCUGGCCACCCAUUCGCAAGCUGUACAGCGUGGCGCUGUUCGCCAAGGAUGUGGAGCAGUUCUUCUUCGACAUCAUGGAGAAAAGCAUCGUUCUGCGGCGAGAGAAUCCCAAGCAACAGCGCGAUGACUUCCUCAACUACAUGUUGCAGCUGCAGGACAAGAAGGGCUUGAACACCGUGGAGCUGACAUCGCACACGAUGACAUUCCUCACCGAUGGCUUCGAGACGACGGCUCUGGUGCUCGCCCACACGCUCCUGCUGCUGGGCCGCUAUCCGGCGGAUCAGCAGAAGGUGCGCGAUGAGAUUGGCCAGGGAGAUCUAACCUUUGAGCAGCUGAGCGAACUGCCCUACAUCGAUGCCUGUAUUCACGAAACUUUGCGUAUUUUUACGCCCCUGCUAUCCGCCCGCAAAUUGGUGACGCAGGCCCAUGACUUUGUGAACAAGAAUGGUGUGACCGUGCGUGUCCAGCCCGGAGAUGUGGUGAUCAUUCCCGCCAACUCAAUGCACCACGAUCCUGAGUACUACGAGGAGCCGGAGGCAUUCAAGCCGGAGCGUUUCCUGGAAGUCAAUGGCGGUGUGCGCAAAUAUCGGGAAGCUGGCGUCUACUAUGGCUUCGGCGACGGACCGCGCGUUUGUCCAGGCAUGCGGUUUGCACUCACCCAACUCAAGGCCGCCUUGGUGGAGAUUGUGCAGAACUUUGAAAUUAAAGUCAAUCCGAAGACACGAACGGACAACGAGCUAGAUGACACCUACUUUAUGGCCACCCUGAAGGGCGGCAUCUGGCUGGACUUUGAGACGCGCAAAUAAACCAUCAGCCCCACUGGAUCGAUCGUUUUUUCAGUUGUGGACAAUUUCAAUUUAAUACGAGUAAUUACAUAGAAUUUUCACCAGC